CGAUAGAUCAUACAGUGAGACCUCAUUUGAAGCCUAUAGUUUUCAUUCCCAUUGUUUGAACACCGAGCAAUGGAUAAGGCACUCCCUGCGUCGUGAGGGUGUGCGGGGAUCACAUGGCAAGCCAUUUGCGAGGCAAGAACAAUUCAAGGCUGAGUAGUACAUACUGACCAGUGACUACACUACACCUGCUCCUCACCACCACGUACACGAAGAUGAAAAAUAUCCGAAAGCAUACGACCCCACGACCACAUCAAGCAGAUAAACAUCGCUCCCAGAGGCCAAACUCAGCAGCACAAAAACCCAUCCAUCCACCGCUGAACCCACAGCAAACCAAAUCCGCUGCCGGAAGUCUCCACUCCACUCUCCCCACUCCAGCAGCGACGACCGACCAGAGCCACCGAGAGAGCGCGGCCAGCGGCCUUCGAUCGACGAAUAGAUGAGCAUGGUGGUCCUGGACGGGUCGACGGUGCGGUCCUUCGUGGCGGACGAGGCGGCCUUCGCCCGCAGCGUGGACGCGCGCUUCGCGGCGCUCGACGCCAACGGCGACGGCGUGCUCUCCCGCGCCGAGCUCCGCCGCGCGCUCGAGUCCUUCCGCCUCCUCGACGGCGCGGGCUUCGGCUCCGCCGAGCCGGCCCCGCUCCCGGGGGAGGUCGCGGCCCUGUACGACGCCGUCUUCGAGCAGUUCGACGCCGACCACAGCGGCGCCGUCGACCGCGCCGAGUUCCGCGGCGAGAUGCGCCGCAUCAUGCUCGCCGUCGCCGACGGCCUCGGCUGCCAGCCGCUCCAGGUCGCCGUCGACGACGAGGGCGGCAGCUUCCUGCUCGAGGCCGCGGAGCACGAGGCGGCCAUGAUCGCCGCCAGGGUCCAGGAAGACCGCGACAGGGCCGCGGCCCAGGAGGCCGCCGACGGCAAGUGACGGUGCCACGUGCUGCUGGCGUGUAGAUAUACGUGUGAAGGUGUAGGCGUGCGUGGCGGGUGUACGUGUGAGGCGACGGGUGGUGUGCUGCCGCGUGUGUAUGUCUCUACUCCUCCGAGUGUGCCGAAAUGGAAUAAAAUGGUUUUCUAAUCUAA